CCUCUCUCUUUCCCACUUCAUCUUCUUCCUUCUUCAUCAUCUUCUUCUUCUUCCUUACUGAUCAGAAGUGAAAACCCAUCAAUGACUUCAAGAGAACCUUCCCCUCAUUCUCCAUCACCAACCCACAAAUACCAAUCAACCAUUCUCCUAAUAGCAAUCACCAUUCUCUCAUCUAUAGUCCUCUUAUUCGCCAUUCUCUAUUUCCUCUACCAUCUCUGGUAUUCUCUCGUCCGUGUUCGCAAAUCUAGAACAAGCCCAUUUGAAGAUUCAAUCGAUCCGCUUAUGAAACUCAGGAAGUUCAAUUUCAAGGAGAUGAGAUUAGCCACCAACGAUUUCGGAGAUGAUAACUCAAUCGGUAAAGGUGGGUCGGGUACUGUUUUUCGUGGGAUUCUACGAGAUGGGAAACUCGUUGCUGUUAAGAUGCUUGAUUCUUCAUCCGAACAAACGUUUCAGAACGAAUUACAGAUCUUAGGUACACUAAAAUCCCCAUUUAUCGUUUCCUUAAUUGGGUAUUGUUCUGAAAAGGAUAAGAGAUUGUUAGUGUAUGAAUACAUGCCGAAUCGAAGUUUACAGGAAUAUCUUUUCUCUGAUAGUAAUUGGUAUUUGGAUUGGGAAAAACGAUUUGAGAUCAUUCUAGAUGUUUCUAAAGCUCUUGUUUAUCUUCAUUUAGAAUGUGAUCCGCCUGUAGUUCACGGUGAUGUUAAACCGAGUAAUGUCUUGCUUGAUUCAGAUUAUCGUCCGAAGAUUUCUGAUUUUGGGUUGUCUAGAUUGAAGAAUGAGGCGGAAUUUGGGGUUGAUUUGUUCAGUCAAGAACUUUCCUGUAACUUGACUGGAACCGGAGCUGAAACACCUGUAAUCGGGACUCCGGUUGAUAGAGAAAGUGAGGUUGAUUUUUCAUUAGCUCUUCAAGCUUCAACUUCUUCGAAGAACAGUAAGGUGAUACAUAACUUGAAUGGUCUGAAUUUGAAUUUGAAUUCGUUUAGUGAAAAGGGUAAGGAAGUUUCCACUGUCGAAAACUGUAAUGAAGAUGAUGCUGAUUCCGUUAAUGGAGGAAGAAGGAAGGAUUGGUGGUGGAGACAGGACGAUGUAAAUGCAGCAGAAUUAUCCAGUAACGAUUACGUUAUGGAAUGGAUUGGCAGCCAAAUUUGGGAAGAAGAUAACAGAAGUCCUUCUGAGAUUAUAGAUCACAAAUCAGAUAAAUCCAAACCCGAAAACUUGAAUCAGACAACUAAUAAGAAACACAGGAAGAUGCUUGAAUGGUGGAAGGAAGAGCAUUUAGAUGAAAUCAAGAAGAAAGCUAAUAAGUCCAAGAAAAGAUUCAGAAUUUCGCGGCUAGAUCUUCUCAAAUUCAGAAAACGUAGAAAACCCUGCCAGCCUAGCCAAACUGCAGGCGAGUUCAGUUUUCGUGGCGAUCUGUUCAGCCGAGAAUUAAGCAGCACGACAAGCAUGAGAGGAACUCUAUGCUACGUCGCACCUGAAUACAGCGGAUGCGGUUAUUUAAUGGAGAAAUCAGAUAUUUAUAGUUUAGGAGUUUUGAUUCUAGUGAUUAUUUCGGGAAGGAGACCUUUACAUGUUCUAUCUUCGCCAAUGAAACUCGAGAAAGCGAAUUUGAUAAGUUGGUGUCGUCAAUUAUCACAAGCUGGGAAUGUUUUGGAACUUGUGGACGAGAGGUUGAAGGAGGAUUAUGAUAAGGAUCAGGCGAGUUUGUGUAUUAAUGUGGCUUUGGCUUGCCUUCAAAAAAUGCCUGAAUUACGACCUGAUAUUGGAGAGAUUGUUAAGAUCUUGAGUGGGGAAAUGGAUCUUCCUUCUCGCCCGUUUGAGUUUUCUCCUUCUCCUCCUGCUAGAAUGGUCAAUAGAUCGAGGAGGAAGCAUAAGACAACGAACAUAGAAUAGUAACAAUGAGUGUCAUGGUGUUAUGUAAUUAGAUGAACAAAUAUUGGAACUUUUGUUUUGACAUAAAAAUAUUAAUGAAUGAACUUCAACAGAUUUCUUUCC